GUGCUGGUGCUGCUGGUGCUGCUGGUGCUGCUGGUGCUGCUGGUGCUGCUGGUGCUGCUGGUGCUGCUGGUGCUGCUGGUGCUUGUGCUAAUACCAGAAGUAGCUGCUGUUAAAGUUGAUGAAAAAUGGCUGGCAGCUCCAGCUGCUUUCGGAGUGCUGGGAAACCUACCUUUGACCCCAUACAAGAGAUGAUUUUCCCGGCUCAGGCUCCAAGGCCUUUGAAGCCUUCUCUGUCAGAAACUAGAAGGUGGGAACGUCUGCCUUGUGAGGGACAGGAUGUGCCAGCAAAGACUCUAAAUCCAGAACUUUCACUGUGGAAAGGAGCCCCAGAUCCUCUUUCAGAGGAAAUCCUGGAGAAGUUUAUUGCAAGAUACAAACAGGGAGUGAUAAACCCAGUAGCUGCCUUGCAUCAGUUUGCAAAAAUGCAUAACAUUCAUCUUGAACUGAAAGAAACUAGUGUGGCAGGUGAUAUCAUACGGCCUUAUUUUGCCUUUUGUGCCGUGUUAGAUGGUGUUCCCCACAAGACUGGACUGGGAAAAAACAAGAAGGAAUCUAAAUUAAACGCAGCUAAACUAGCUCUUGAUAAGCUACUUAACUUGGAGUAUAGAGGGGAAAAGGCUUUUGAAAAGUCAGAUCCUCUGUGUAGACAUGCUGAGCCCGAAACUCAAGCAAGCUCUGUUCGUGUUUCAAGGAAUUGUCUUGGAGGAAGAGAGCUUAUGUAUCAAAAACUUUCACAAACACUUGAAGAAGUAUUUAACAACCUGACUGUUGAAUACCCCGAGUACCGAAGCUGUGGCAGUUCACUGGCUGCCUUCAUCAUUGCAAAAGGUGGGCAGUAUAGAGUUGUGGCUCUAGGAACAGGAGAAUAUAAUUGCAGACGGAACUUCCAGCUGCAUGGAAGAGUGCUGCAUGACAGCCAUGCCAUUGUCACUGCAAGGCGUUCUCUGCUUAGAUAUUUUUAUAGACACGUUUUGAUGUUCUAUAAUGAAAAUCCAGCAAGGAGAGAGACAUCCAUAUUUUGCGCAGCACCAGGCUCGAAGCUGCUUGCCCUAAAGCAAAAUACAACUCUCUUUCUCUACAUGAAUGAGCUGCCAAAAGGAACUGCUCAGCUAAAAUCACGGGUACAUCUCAAUCCACUAUCUCUGUCUGCUUAUGAAACUAGUGAAGAACUAAGCCUCCACGUUGCUGUAGAGGGCAACAUUUACCCAAGUGUUGUUUGUCCACCCAAAAGUGUGAGAGCAAGCAGUAUGUCAACUAGUGACAAAUUAACAAAGUGGGAAGUGGUUGGUGUUCAAGGAGCAUUGCUGAGUCACUUCAUUGAACCUGUUUAUAUCAACAAUAUUCUUGUAGGAAAUGGAAACUGCCAGGAUACGAAAGGACUAGAAACAGCUAUCAAACAGCGCAUUGAUGAUACAGUCCUAUCAAAGCUUCCCUUGCCUUUUCUGGUCCACAGAUCUCACAUUUACUUGGUGAAUGCUGCGCACCCAGUUCAAAGAGACUUUGAACUGAGGUCUCUUAGUUUGAAUUGGUCAUUCACAGAUGCAUCACUGGAGAUUGUGGAUGGGUUAACAGGAAAAAUCACUGAAAGCUCACCAUUCAAAAGUGGCUCUUACAUGGCAAGUCGCCUUUGCAAGGCAGCGAUGUUCAGCCGUUUCAGAUUGCUUGCUAAGAAAGCGGAACGGAAGGAUUUGCUUCAGAUUACAACGUACUAUGAAGCCAAGAUUCAAGCUGAAUUGUACCAAGAAGCUAAAAACUUACUGCAAAGCUUCUUAGAGCAACAUGGUUAUGGAUCCUGGAUUGUGAAAUCACCAGAGAUCGAACAGUUCAGCGACUGAAAUGCGGUGGAGUGUACGUGAAGUCAGUUUGGAUGAUUCCUUUCACUGAAAUUCAAUUCUGAUUAGUAAAAUGUUUAGUUUUAAGGUUUAUAUAUGCAACAGAAACAUAAUUCCAGAGCUUUCUCUUGUCAAUUUAGAUGCAGUUAUUAAACCAGUUGUAGCAGUUUAGUCUUUCCCAAAAGUUGAUGUUUCUUCAUAGUCAGGAGUAUCUGACAGCUUUGCAAAUCUGUUUUGUUUUCCCCCCCAGUGCCACUUCUUUUCUGUUCCCCCUGCCCCUAGGGUUAAUGUGGUUUUCCUGUUAGUUUCAGGAUUGCUGUUAUUGAUCUCUUCUUUUUCCCUGCAUUUUUCAUAACCAUCUUUAAGAGAGAAAAGAAAUAAUCAGUAAAAGUUGGUUUUCUUUAAAUUAAAGUAUCUCAGUGUGAGGAGCACUUUGAGAAAGAAAUACUGGCAAUCUAUGCUUUAACUGUUGCCAUCGUUUCCUAGGCAUUUAAAGACUUUUGUUUAGCAUGGAUUUGCUGGGUGACUUGUUGUUUACUAUGUAUUGUUUGUGGUAGAGGGUUAAAAAAUAAGCUGUGUAUUUGCAAGGUAAAACGUUUAAUGACCGAGCUGUUACUUAACUGUUUUGUGACAACCACUGUUUUUGGGAGCAGAUUGAAAGCAUUUUCAAGGUCUCAAAGGUGUAAAUAACAAAAUGGCUUAUAGAAGUCACCAGAAACUUUUGUGUGCUGCCUCAAACACCAUGAGAUGUUAGUGCUUGCUGGUCGGUUGGACUCCUGCGCACAGAGGCUUAUCGCUCUACCAAAAAGUUCUCACGAAAUUGUCUGUAUAUGUAAUAAUAUGAAAAAUGGUGUCUGUGGAGAGGGAAGUUGUUCCCUGUGAGUCACUUGAAGAAUAUGGUAAGAUGAUGAGAGCAUUUAAAAGGAUGUUGUUAAGUACCAUUCUGGGUUCUGUGUGGUGGUGUGAAAUGUUGGGGUGUGUAAGGUCGACAGUAUGCUUCCAUUGUGUUCCGUGGUUUUUGAAUAUCAUACAAGUGUUGAAAGCUGUUCUGUAAAGUUUACAUGUAUCAGUAAUGGUAUAGUGCUGUUGUCACGUUUCAGAUUCAUGUAAACUGAUUCGAGAACAAAAACCUCCUUUCAGUAUUUAUUUUUCCAAGAAGGCUUGAGAGUGGCCAUUGCAUACCAGGCUAGAGCACAGAAUUGCCUUUUUCAGGUCUGUUAAAAUGUCA